UCAACAUACGUCGUCUCUGCUCGCGCGGGCUUCCAAACGUGUCAUGGCGUCCAUGUUUGAGCGGUUUGUGAGUCCGGGCAAAGGGAAUGGCCUGCGAGCGACGACAGCAAUCAAAAGCGGGAAGUUGCUUUUCUCUUCCGAGCCGCUGGCGAGCUGUGUGUCGACAAAAGUGGCCAAAGAUGUCUGCCAUCGCUGCUUCGCGAGGCGUGAGACAUUGCUGCGGUGCUCCCAGUGCAAGAUGGCUCGCUACUGCAACAUCACAUGCCAGAAACAAGCAUGGGCUGACCAUAAGAAGGAGUGCAAAUGUCUGCGGAUCAUCCUUCCCAGAAUUCCUACUGACUCCGUCCGACUGGUUGCAAGACUAAUUUUUGCCUUGUUAAAUCCUGAAAAUAGCAGAAGUGAGGAGCUCUACUCGUUAGACGAACAUGAAUCACACCUGAUCUGCAUGUCUGAGCAGAAGAAACAAGGUCUAUCUCAGCUGGCAUCCAUGCUGGAGUUAUACUUAAAAGAGGAAGUGCCUGAACUCGCCCUGGAGAUGACAUCGGCUCUGCCAGAGUCCUGCAGACAGCCUCUUGACCUGAUAGCAAAGGUGACGUGUAAUUGUUUCACCAUAAGUGACGAAGAGCUGCAAGCGAUUGGAGUUGGGCUGUAUCCCAGUUUAUCGCUGCUAAACCAUGACUGCAGGCCAAAUUGUGUGAUGGUGUUUGAAGGAACAAAGCUACACCUAAGAGCUGUUCGGGAUAUCAAACCUGCAGAGGAGCUAACAAUUAGCUACAUAGAGACUUUGUCAUUGACGGAACAGCGUCAGAAACAGCUGGAGGACCAGUACCAUUUCACAUGCCGCUGCCAGAAAUGUGACUCCCAAGACACAGACACACUCAUGCAGUCAGGUGAACAGGCAACAUGGUACAAGUUUAUGGAGGCUUUACCAAAAUUGGAAGGACUGAAGGCAGCCUCAGAUUGGCAAACGCUCCUGGAGGGUUGCAAACGUCUGUUAUCAAUUGAGGGUUCUGACGUGCCCGAUGAAAACCUCUAUAAACUCAGAUUGACCGAUAUGGCUCUGGAUUCCACCAUUCACCUCGGUCACUGGGAGGAAGCGACAAGACAUGGGGAGCGGACACUUCCAGUUUACAAACAUUACUACCCUGACCCCCAUCCAGUCCAUGGCAUCCAGCUGAUGAGAGUUGCAAAGCUGCAGCAUUAUUUGGAGCGCAUUAAAGAUGCUCUGGACACCUUCAAACAGGCCUUUGAAAUCCUCAAGAUCACCCAUGGUAUUGAUCACCCCUUGGUGGCUGGUUUGUUGGUCAAGAUGGAAGAAUGUCGCUUUGAGAUUGACCAAUAAUUAAACUUGAUAAGGUGACGAUUGUAGGCGACUACAAGUUGUUGUUGUUUUUUUACCCCUCUUAACAACAGGUGAUGUCACGAGGGCUCAUGUUUGUUUGGGGAUCUUUACAACAAAUACAGUUCAUGUCUGUUUCUGUGUUAGGUUCUUGCCUCUUGUUUGUCAUCUCUAGAUUCCAUUACAGUGACUCCAUCCUGUGUGUGUGCGUACGUGUCCGUGCGCGCGCGUGUGUCAAAGCCAGGCUCUCAAAACAUCCAUCCUCCCCUCGCCACAUAUCCAUCACACGCACUUCCCAUGGUAAUCCCUGUUAUUGUGGGUUGUUUUGUCAGUGUGUGUUAAGGCUGCAGAGUGUCUGAUGGAAUGUGGUAAUGUUACACACACGCUUGCAUGCUUGCCUUUUUGUUAAAAGGAUGACAGCAUUUCCUCUGGGAGGGUAAAGUGUGUGUUUAUGGGAGGAUUACAGUGACAUUGUGCUUGCUUUUACAAAUAAGUUUUCCUUUUCUGACACUUCACUCUCUACAUGCAACAUGAAAAAGCUGGCACUUUAUCAUUACCAUUGUUAUUUUUGAUUCCAGUUUUGUAUAAUAUUAAUAUUUGUCUUAUUUGAGAUGAGAUGUUCAAAAUACAGGCAUUUGCAGAUUUAUGGAAGUUGAAUUUAAGAAUUUUUUCUCCAAGGUCUCUAUAAUCAAUUUAAGACCUCAUUCACUAAAUUGAAAGAGUGGUUGAUAUGAAGUCAAUAUCACCAUACCUUAAGACAUUUGUGAUACUAAUUGUAAUACAGUGGGUACGCCAAGUAUUCAGACCCCCUUAAAUUUUUCACUCUUUGUUAUAUUGCAGCAGUUUGCUAAAAUCAUUGGUUCAUUUUUUUCCUCAUUAAUGUACAUACAGCACCCCAUAUUGACAGAAAAAAACGAAAUUGUUGACAUUUUUACAUAUUUAUUAAAAAAGAAAAACUGAUAUCACACAGCCAUAAGUAUUCAGACCCUUUGCUGUGACACUCAUAUUUAACUCGGGUGCUGUCCAUUUCUUCUGAUCAUCUUUAAAAUGGUUCUACACCUUCAUUGGAGUCCAGCUGUGUUUGAUUAUACUGAUUGGACUUGAUUAGGAAAGCCAACCCCUGUCUAUAUCAGACCUUACACCUCACAGUGCAUGUUAGAGCAAAUGAGAAUCAUGAGGUCAAAGGAACUGCCUGAAGAGCUCAGAGACAGAAUUGUGGCAAGGCAUAGAUCUGCCCAACGUUACAAAAAAUGUCUGCUGCACUUAAGGUUCUUAAGAGCACAGUGGCCUCCAAAAUCCUGAAAUGGAAGAUGUUUGGGACGAUCAGAAUCGUUUCUAGAGCUGGCCGUCUGGCCAAACUGAGAAAUUGGGGGAGAAGAGCCUUGGUGACAGAGGUGAAGAAGAACCCAAAGAGGACUGUGGCUGAGCUCCAGAGAUGCAUUCGGGAGAUGGGAGAAAGUUCUAGAAAGUCAGCCAUCACUGCAGCCCUCCACCAGUCGGAAGCCUCUCCUCAGUGCAAGAGACAUGAAACCUCUCAUGGAGUUUGCUAAAAAAAAAAAAACACCUGAAGCACUCCA